AUGUACGUCGGCGCCCAUUUUCGCAUUUUCCAUCCACGCGAAAUCUUCCUCACGUUUGGCAAAGACGGACAACGGACCCCAGAAACCGUACGGCCCGUCCUCCUCGACUACAGUCUCUGCGUCGUGUGGUCCCAGACCCGUGACAGCACACACGGACGGCUCGACGCGUUGGACUUCGACGCCCCGCCGAUUCCCAGAAGAUAUAUAGUCGACAAGCACCCGCUACAGCGACUCCCGGCACCCCCGCACCCUCUAUGGAAGUACGACAUGCAGAUCGUAGACCCAUUCAAGGGUUGGUUUCCCGUCGACUGGAAGAUACAGCCGGAAGCAUUCCACGUCUGGGUUACGAGCGAAUUCGGGGAUCCAGAGCGGGAGGGCGUGUACUCGACGCGAGAGACGCUGGACAAGACGAUGCGGGCUUUGUGGGAGGAAGGUCAAAGGACCUAUGAGAUGGAGAAGCCUCGCCUCAUCAGCGAGGGGAGACACGAUCUGAUUAUAGAUGUCUCUGAAAUUCAUCCAACUCCCAAAGAGAAACUACAAGCCGAGGCAAAAGCUCGCCACGACUCCAUCGUCACGCACGCUAGAAUGCGGAGGGAACUCUAUCGGGGUUCGGGCUGGGCGAUUCCAGCUAGCCUUGACGCAGCCUGCGAGGACCCAUCACCCCCCUGA